CACGUAUGCUAGAGGAGGCCUCUAUAUAAGGUUAUGUGUACUUUGAUGUCCGUAAAGGCGCCAACGAGGAAAAAGUAUCUGCCUGCUCAUCUCUGACAAGCCACAUUGACAUUCAUUUGCACAGAGACCCAGGUAGCAGCUGGACGCGCUGUUGGGCUGGGCCAUGGCUCGGGUGCCCCCGGUUGUGGAGGUGGAUUUUGUCAUCACGACUGGCAACUACGAUUCAUUUAUCGACGACCUUCGCGCCAAGCUUGCCAACCACCCUGACCCCGAGGAUGUGGAGGGCCACCCCGUUCUCGCCAAGCAGAGUUCCCCUCAAAAGCCGGCGAGGUGGAUUCAUGUUAACCUAUCCGCCGACGCAAACAAGGCAGCAAUCCUAGGCGCCGUUCGGGACGACAACGUGUACCUCAUCGGCUUCAAGGCUCAGAGCGGGAAUUGGUACGAGUUUGGCUUCGAGGCAGAGUCGGUGCCGAUGAUCACAGGAUCCACCUUCCUAGAGUGCGGCCCCGAUUACAGGAGCCUUUUGGGUGGCUCAAGCAGCAGAGAGGUCAGGGCGAAUCUGAUCAAGUUGCAGCUGGGCAAGAGCGUCGCGGAGGAAGCGGUGCUUAAGCUCUCGGGCUACGUACAACAAGGUGCGCCUGACGAUGCCACCAAGCUGGGCCUGGCGCGCCUGAUCGUGAUGGUCUGCGAGUCUGCGAGGAUGAUCUCGAUCUCUGACACGGUGAGCAAAGGCUGGGCCAGCGGAACCAGCAUCAGCGACAAUCAGGUAGAAUACCUGUGGAACUGGGGUCUAAUGUCUGAGGCUUUGUUGGGGUGGAAGAAAUACGGGGACAAGUACAAAUGGCCAAAGAAGCUGACCAAGAUCGAGAUAAAGAACGAAGCCGAAGCUCUCGCCGUCGUUCAGCUGCUCCUUAACAAGCCGCCGAAGCAGCUGUCAUCCCCCCCAUUGGCGGCGGAUAAUGAGGAAGACGAGUGCAGGACCGCGUGGCACCUGCAUGCCGCCGCCGACAACGACGGCCUGGGCCGGCCUCUGGUGGAGGUUUUCUCCAUGCGUGCUGGCUUCCCUGUCAUCGGAACCAUAGCCGUCUUCGACGGGAUCCGCGGCCAGAUCAUCUACAAGCAGGACCUCCACUUGCAACGAACCCUGGAGUUGACAUGUAUGCAGGGUGAGAUGGUGCUUACUGGACCGUAUAGAGCCAUCUCAGCGGACGGAAGCUUCGUCAUCAAAGUUGACAUCGACAGCGCGGGCGAGCCCUCCACGAUAGGCGCAUCCGGCAAUGCUGGUGGCACGCUGUCCUGGGAUUGCUAUGACGACGGUGCGAACGCCGUGUACGACGUGCCGUUGACGUGGCCCAUCAGCACAGCCCACGGCCCCGUCGAGGUGACCUACGCGGUGCUGACCAACGCUGUGGAGGCCACCGUGCAGGUCAGGCUGCUGCUUGUUGCCGAAGCUGGCACCUUCAUCCAUGGCAAAGUCACCGCGCGCAGCAAGGCCUUUGACGUUGCCAGCGUGCUCUUCAGUCAUGAUUCCGAGGACAAAGUGGCCAUCGCCUCUGACGACUCGACGGUUCCACUGUCCCGAUCUGUCGUCGCGGUGCCGCUCAACUCUCCGCUCGAGGUAGAAGCGAGCUUCCAUACACCUGAGGGUAUCGUCCGAGGUAAAUUCGAGUUGUACCCUGAGCUCUCCGGCGAGCAUGUGAAGAGUGUGUUUACCGAGCACGGUGAGAUCGAAGUGAAGGUAACCUGGUCAGACAUUUGACGGAGAUCUGGGCCAAUGCCUCGCUACUAAAUUAAAUAAGGCCGCCCACGCGGAAAUAAAUCCAGUGUUGUCAACAUCUUUCCUGCGCUACUGUUUUGUGUACUCAACGUCCCGUAUGUAUAUAUAAGUGUAGUACUUUUUUUGCGAGGAUAUGUAAGUGUAUUACGUAAUAUGUAAAUGUCAGAUACUUGUUGCGGCCUGUUUUGGUGCAGAACAGUCUACUA